CUCCCCCUAUUAGAACGUAAAGUCUUUCGAAACAGAGACUGUCUCAAUCUUCUAUUUGUAUCUCUGGACCUCAGCAUACUACUUUGCACACACCCACACUAGCUCUGUGGUCACAAAGGAAGACUGUGCGAAGGGUUCUGAGGUCUGGUGUCAGAAUUUCAAGACGGCAUCUGAGUGUGGAGCCAUUGAACACUGCCAACAGACUCUCUGGAAUGAGGCAACAGUGAAGAACUUGGUUCAGAUGAAGGCUGGUCCUACUUGUGAGCUGUGCCAACAUGUUAUCAAAGAGAUCAUCAAGUUGCUGGAGGGCAACCAGUCUAAGGAGGAUGUGAUUAACGCAGCAGAGGAAGUGUGCUCGGUGAUCCCCAGUUAUGUAGCUGGGAGCUGUGGAGACUUGGUCAACACCUUUGGCCCCAGUAUCAUGCAUCUACUCCUGGAGGAGAUUGACCCUGACUCCAUGUGUAGUAUUCUUAAUAUUUGCCAAGGCAAGACAUCAGCACAUGCAGUUAACAUAGCCAGACUUAAGAGUGGUGUCUUCUGUGACAUGUGCAAAAAGAUCGAUGGGUAUUUGGACCGGAACCUGGAUAAGAACAGCACCAAGGCCAUGAUUCUCUCUGCCUUUGAGAAGGCUUGUAGCAUGUUGCCAGGUGUUUACAAGGAUGAGUGUGACGCGUUUGUGAAGGAGUAUGAGCCGGUCCUGAUUGCAGCCCUGCACGAUGAGAUGAAUCCUGAUUCUCUGUGUCUGAAAGUUGGAGCUUGCCCCAAAGCUCCUGCUAAGCCUCUGUUGGGAAGGGAGCAGUGUGUCUGGGGCCCAAGCUACUGGUGUAAGAACAUGGAGACAGCUGCUCAGUGCAACGCUAUUGAGCACUGCAAGAAACAUGAAUGGGAUUAGAGGAGCGCCCUUGUGUCUUGGAGAAAUUGCAACUUCUUUCCUAUUUGUAUGUCUGAGAGAAGGGAAUAUACAGAUCUGAUUUUUUUUCCUGUUUUUCAAAUAAGCCCAAGUUCUCUUCUUCCUCCAUCUCAUCUCUCUUUUGUUCCAUUUAUCCGUUGUUUCCAUGGGUCUGAGAGGCGCUCCAUUUGGCCAUGUCGCCAUGCUCUUUCCCCCUCUGCUAGAUGAAUGAUGUGUCAUGACUGCAUCAUAGACUAGAGUCUGGGUGUGAUGGUGGAGGUGUGGGUUUGGUGGAAGGUGGGAGCCUGUGGAUAGGGAUGACAGAAGCAUGGGACCAAAACCAAUGAUAGCCAGGGGCUUCAAACUUAUAAUCACUUAGUAGUGUUUAGAACUGUCCUAGGCUGAGGCUGGGAGAGCCACUCCCUCUAUUACUGUCCCCCCUAACCUAUUGGUCACCUUAUAUUAGGGGCAGAAGAAAGGCAUAGUUUGUCUUCAAGUGUAAGACCUCAGAGCCAGAGUCCUUAGUUUUUUAAAUUGGUUUUCUUGCAAUGUGGAGGGGUCCCAGUCUCCUUACUGGAGGAAGCUGGUGUUGGCUUAGAAAGAGCAGGGGAAGGUGAGGGGAGGUGAGGUUUUGAAUUCACCAUAGUUGGAUUGAGGGAGUCCAGCUCUUAACGUGGUUUCUUUGAACACUCCUACCCUUGAGUUCUAGCCUGUUUUCUAUUUCUUUGUGAUACCUUUCCUGAGCCUUCGCUUUGAAGUAGAUUUGGGGAAGUGGGACAGAGCAGUAACUGGGGUUGUGUUUCAGGAGGGGCUGCUGUGGGGAGAAUGCCUACAGGGUGGGGGGAGGUUGUGGUGAAUUCUUUCUUCUCUGAGACCUUGAUUUACAUAGCAACCAUAGCGAUGCUUGUUUAGUUCAAAGACAACGAAUCUUUUUCUUCUAGCUCUGGACGAAUGUUAGCUAGUGUCUGUGGCAUGCCUUACAUAGAACUCUGGCACGUAUCACACAGUCCCAGGUCAUUGCUGUAUCCCCUUCUUAGAGGCCUUACCUUAAUUAUCAUAAUAAUUUUUAGGCUAACGUGGGGGACAAAAUUCUACAUUUCUUUUUUUUGGCUAUGCAAUGGGGUUAAGUGACUUGCCCAGAGUCACACAGCUAGUAAGUGUUAGGUG